ACUUUGGAAUAGAUGGCCACUUCUGGUUUAAUUAUCCGUCUCUUUUCACUUCUCUGUAUCAUCCCAGUUCGCUGCUGUGCUAAAUCAUGCCGACCAACAAACGACGCCGCAUUGUUCGUUUUCGGGGAUUCCCUCUUCGACGUCGGAAACAAUAAUUACCUCACCUCCAAAAUUCCCUUUCAGGCCAACCGAUUUCCCUACGGCCAAACCUUCUUCAACUACCCCAGUGGCAGAUAUACUGAUGGACGAACCAUUGUUGAUUUUGUUGCUGAGUAUGCGAAUCUGCCACUGGCUCUUCCUUAUUUGCACCCUGCUUAUCGACAAUGGCUUGAUGGGGCCAAUUUUGCUUCUGGUGGAUCUGGAGCUCUCUGUGAAACUGGUCAAGGACAGGUGAUAGACCUUAAAACUCAGCUUGAGUAUUUCAAGAACUUCACCAAGCUAUUGAGGAAGAGAAUAGGAGAAGAAAAAGCCAAAGGCUUGAUAUCCAAAGCUGUUUACUUGAUCAGCAUUGGAAGCAAUGAUUAUGUAGAACGUGUGGUUGUGAAUUCCAGUGCCUUUUCAUCAUACUCUCGAGACCAAUAUGUUGACUUGGUGAUGGGCAAUCUGACAACUGUUAUUGAAGAAAUUCACAAUGAAGGAGGGAGGAAAUAUGGGUUUCUUGGCUUGGGCCCUAUAGGAUGUGUUCCACAGAUGAAGAUGCUUGCGGAUGGGACAUGUUGCUGCCAUGAAAAUGAAGCUUCUGUACUGGCAAAACUUCAUAACAAAGCACUUUCUUGGAUUCUGCGGAAGCUACAGAAACAGCUUAAAGGAUUCAAAUAUUCACUUGCUAAUUUCUAUGAUUCACUUACUGACCUAAUUAAUAACCCCAUUCAAUAUGGUUUCAAGGAAGGUGGUGUGGCAUGCUGUGGUAGUGGUCCUUAUAGGGGAAUGUUAGCCUGUGGAGGUAUUCUGGGAAGGACAAGUUACGAGCUGUGUAGAAAUUCAAGUGAAUACGUGUUCUUUGACUCUGUUCAUCCCACUGAUAGGGCCAAUCAAUUUUUUGCACAGCAAAUGUGGAUUGGACAUCCCCAUGUUGCUGCACCUUACAAUCUGAAAUCACUUUUUAAAGCCUAA